AUGACAUCUUAUUUCUCUGCCAGUCAAGCGUAUGAGCGCGAACAUUCUCCCACCAAUGGAAUCCAGCCCUCCACCGUCUCCCCCUCAAUAUCCUUAACCUCCAUGUCCGACAAAUAUCGUGGUGCCACAGUCGAAGAUCUCGACCCACCAGCCGCCCUCUCAACCUCCCCGCACGAUCGAAUUUCCAGCGCCCUCCUCGCCGCUUACGAGCGCGACUACACCCACCUGACCGUAGUCUCCUCCUCAUCGCGCUCGCUGAUUGGUUACCUUAGCAUCCCAAGGUUAAAAGCACAGCUAAAAGAAGGAACCGUCACAGAAUCCGAUCCAGUAGAGAAGGCUAUGUUGCGUUUCCGGAGGCGCGGGCAUGUGUAUAAGGUUAUCACGAUGGGGACGCCGCUGGAGGAACUAGAGAGGUUCUUCGAUGGAGAGCUGGUAAGAGAUGAUACUGGUGUGGAGAGGAGGGAGAAGCAAGAUUUUGCCGUGGUAACCGAUGCGAGUCGCAAGUUUGUGAUGGGGGUUGCGACGAGGCAGGAUUUGGAGAAUUUUGUGAAGAGGAGGCCUGGGUGA